GGACAAAAUCAAUUUGAACGGGGGUCUGUGAGAUUCAGACUUCUUUAUGGGUUUUUUAUUAUUAUUAUUUUGUCGUGACAAUAACCGAGAUGUAUUUUUUUAUUAGCUAUUAUAUUUUUAUUAUUUUUUACGCUGGUGAGAUGAUACGGAAAACCUCCAUUAAAGCCCAGAUUAUAUCGGGUUAAAAAUGCAAUCCUGACCGAAUGAAAGUUUUUUGUUCUGCGUGGAAAAUCCAAAUGUGGAGAAGAGUGCUGGAUAUAUGAAGUUGCUUCUCUGGCCACUGCUGGGAUGUACCAGCGUCCUGCUGCUGUGUGAGGUUGUUAUCAGUAUGAUGUCCUCGUCCACCAUCUUGCUGAUGGACAGUUUCCACACCCUCUUCAUCCUCAUGACCAUUUCUUUUAGCAUUGUAACAAACUCUCAGGACUCCCGCGUUUCUCUCUCUACGUCCCCGUCUUCUGCAAAUGCUGCAUCAACCUCCCCAGCAGAGCCCCCCAGUGAGAGUCCACCUGGUUCUCAUGAGGUCAACGACGGGUCCAUCACCAAUGAACCCUCCUCUUCUCUGCCUAACCAUGAAACUGCCUCUCCACUGGACUCUAGUCAAGUCGACUUUCCCACGGUAUCUGCUACAGCGCACGGCUGUGGCGUCAGUUUCAGCCGAGGCAGGAUGGAAGCUGCAGGAGAAUUCAUUGCCAGACUCACCUUGUCUUCUCUGACGAUCUCCUACUCACUGGACAUGAUCAGCAUGUCCACAGAUUCCAGACCUGUGCAGAGCGGUAUUUGGCUGGUGUCUGUGGGACUCGUGACUCUAGUCUUCAAGACCGUGGUGCUUGGGCUGUGUUGGGAUGAACUGCAGGAGAAGAGGAAGCCUCCUCUGAGAAAUCCACCGGAAACUUCCAGGAUUGAAGUUAAUCAAGGAGCCUUGGUUGCAGAAGGAUUUACUGAGCCAGGACAAGAGUUGAAGGACGCCGCCCGAGUCCAAUCUGAGGUGGACAACUCAUCUCACAAUGGGGCGCUUGUUCUCUGUAACCCUGGAGCCCUCAGAACCCCAGAGUCUGAGAGCCAAACCCCAGGACGACAGGGGACAAUUGGUCAGUUGACUGAAGGGACCUGCUCAUCUCAGUUUGGUUCAGACAGGACCGCGUUCAAAGCAAAUGACAACAUGGAACACCUUGGUACACAUGACCAAAAAGAAUCUCAGAUUUUUACGAUCUGCCAAAAUCUCUCCCCAAACAACCCUGCAAGUUCUGAGAGCAGAAGCCGCUCGUCGUUCUGGUCUCAGCCUUCUCUCACUGUGUGUGAAGUUCUCCUCACGCCUGUUCUCACUGUAAUCAAUAGUGCCUUGCAGCUAGAGCUGGGCCGCCAGCAGCCUGACCUCACCUGGAAGAUUGACCUUGGCUUCUCUGUGCUGGCGUUGGUUGUACUCAACACCACAACUAUACCACAGUUGUACAAGUUUGGACGACUGCUUCUUCAGGCUACACCCUCACACAUCAGUGUGUCUGACCUUGAUCGCAGGAUCUCUGACAUCCCCGGAGUGUUGGCCGUGCAUGAGCUGCACAUCUGGGAGUUAAGUCCCUCAUUCACAGUGGCCACUGUCCAUAUACAGUUCCACGCUUCGUUUCCAGUAUACAAGUGUGCAGAUCUAAUUCUAGAGGUCACUAAGGUGCUGCAAGUUGGAGGAAUUGGCUGCUACACCAUACAGCCCGAGUUUGACACAUGCACCGAGAGCGCAGCAGCUGCACUUCCUUCUCCUCCUAUAGUCUGUAAUCUGACGUGUGGAAAGAACUGCACAGAGCACAUGUGCUGCAGUUUACUGGAAGAACAGACCAGCAGCAUCACAGCACCAUCAGCUGGAGAAACGGAAGAAACGCCUCAGAGAGUUGUCAUAGAAAACACCAAUGAAUAAAUGUUGUUAUUAACCACACAUUUUACUGGGAAAAUACGACAUAUCUGCUUCUUUUUUUUUAUUUUUUAUUUUUGCUCUUGUAAAUCCCACUUAUACCAAAAGUUAUAAUUAAAAGGCUAUGUUUGUAUAAUUUCCAAAGAAUGUUCAAAAAGAAGUUACACUCCGCUUUUGAUAUUAUGCUAAAAGAGAUGUGUUUUAGUGAUGUAAAUCUACAGUAUAAAGAAUAUUAUAACGUUGAAGGAAUGUUAUUUUCUUCAAAUUGAAAAUGUGUCAAAAAAAUGGACCAGUUGAGUUUUUAUUCCUAUUGUUUAAUGUUUUAAACAAAAGGUAUAUAAUAAGAGAUUAAAAUAUAAAUAAAACUA